AUGGUGGUUUCUAUAAAAAUAAAUGUAAGAAGUCAGGUAAAUGGAUCGAGUUAGAUAAAGUGGUUUACUAGAUUUACUUCAUCAAAUAGUGAAUAUAAUAAAAAGGGCACAAAGGUAAUAUAUGGGACAUAUUAUUCAAUAACUAUAGAAAUUAAUAAAUGUAAAAACUCAAUGAAUAUAAGAUUUGGGUUUUAGUGGCUGUAGAUAAUAUGAUUGAAAAGGAAGCGAGAAAAACGUUGGUAAAUGGUAUAAAUUUUUUACUUUAAAUAACGCCUAGAAUGAUAGAAGAAGAUUAUGAUCUUUGA